UCGUGGACACAUGUUCUUUUGUCCUUAUUGUGGAACCUUACUUUUAAUUCAAGCAUGUGUCGAUCAAAAUCAAUUUUCCUGCACCACUUGCAACUACGUCCAGUUCAUUCCCCUCACUUACGAUCCUAGGUCUGUUCUCAACAUUACACAUUCUUUUCAUGACUUUAAAAAAGUGUGUGGUGAUGAUGUGGAGCCCAGUAAAGCAAUGAUAGUUUCCGGCAAUGAGGGUGGCGGCUCGACUGAUAAUGCAAAGAUACCCGUCUCCACUAACACCAACACAGACGGUGUGAUAGGAAGUGCAGAAGGGGGGCAGAUCAUGACAAUUAAUUGUCCUAAUGAAGAUCCACCAUGUUCCAGCGAAAAGGCAUUUUAUAUUCAAAUUCAGAUGCGCUCAGCGGACGAGCCCGCCACAAUCUUCUUUAAGUGUGUGCAGUGUGGCCAUCAGUGGCGGCAAGACUAACUGGUCGCAUGACAUUAUGUUUCUAAUGUGAGAUCUUAGGUAUAUAAUAAUAGCGUAUAACAAUGAAAAUAGGUUAGAAAAAAACCUGCUUCGUGUUUUAGCCGUGAACGAA